UCACACAUAAAGUGUCUCUCUCGACCUCCACGUAUCUUAUGAGAUUUUGCUGAGUUUGACAUCUACGAAAUCACGUUAUAUACACAAUGGCUUCUGUAUGCAGGUCAUUGCGGCCAGUCGCCAAAGCCUCAGCAUCCCUUGCUCCCCGCAGUCCAGCCACGAGGUUACUCCCACGAAGGACUUUGGAACCCAAACGCGCAUUCGUCACCACUUCAAGACGGCGCUAUCCCGAACCCUACAUGCCUGACGAUGUCGACACCGACUCUCUUUCGCCAACUCCAAUCACUCACUUCUCCGAGACCGAGAGGAUGCUGGCAGAGUCGGUAGAAAGAUGGGCCAACGAAGAGCUUAUGCCCAAAGUCCGCGAUAUGGACGAGGCGGAGAAGAUGGAUCCUGCAGUGAUUGAACAGAUGUUUGAGCAAGGUCUGAUGGGCUUCGAAAUCCCAGAGGAAUAUGGGGGAGCCGGAAUGAACUUUACAUCGGCUAUUGUUGGCAUUGAGGAACUCGCCAGAGUUGACCCUUCAGUUUCCGUUAUGUGCGAUGUACACAACACUCUGGUGGUGACUGCCGUCCUCAAGUAUGGCAGUGAGAAGUUCAAGAAAGAGUGGCUUCCGAAGCUGGCCACAAACACAGUGGGCUCCUUCUGUCUGUCUGAACCUGUAUCAGGGUCCGACGCCUUUGCCCUGAAAACGAAGGCGGAAAAGACAGAACACGGGUACAAGAUCAACGGCUCGAAGAUGUGGAUCACGAACUCAUUAGAGGCCGAUUUCUUCUUAGUCUUUGCCAAUCUCAACCCCGAUGCCGGCUAUAAAGGUAUCACGGCUUUCGUUGUCACUAAGGAUAUGAAAGGCUUCAGCAUUGCGAAGAAGGAGAAAAAGCUGGGCAUCAAGGCCUCUAGCACCUGUGUCGUCAACUUUGACGACGUGGAAAUCCCUGCAGAAAACCUUCUGGGUAAGGAAGGCCAAGGCUACAAAUACGCCAUUGGACUUCUCAACGAGGGACGGAUAGGUAUUGGCGCGCAGAUGACUGGUCUGGCUCUCGGAGCUUGGGAGAACGCUGCGAAGUAUGUUUGGAAUGACCGCAAGCAAUUCGGCAAGCUGGUGGGUGAAUUUCAGGGCAUGCAGCAUCAGCUUGCUCAAGCAUAUACGGAAAUCGCUGCAGCUCGUGGGCUCGUAUACAAUGCUGCCAGGAAGAAGGAGGCCGGCGAGGAUUUCGUCACUGAUGCUGCAAUGGCGAAGCUGUACGCUAGUCAAGUAGCAGGUAAGGUCAGCUCUUUAGCGGUCGAGUGGAUGGGUGGUAUGGGCUUUGUUCGAGAUGGUAUCGCUGAAAAGAUGUAUCGCGACAGCAAGAUUGGAGCCAUCUAUGAGGGCACGAGCAAUAUCCAACUCACGACGAUAGCCAAGGCACUGCAGAAGAAGUAUACGCAGUGAGGGAAGAAAACUUGAAGCCAGGAGAUGUUUCCAGGUUUAUAUCUGAGCGAGGUGUCGGGUUGAUUCAUUUCAUGGGUUAUCAUCGUGGCACCGAGUUGAACAUGAAUGCCUGUACCAUCAGUCAUAGAACGGUAUUGCAGAAUAAGAACGUGAAUGCUCGAUGCUCUAGCUGUUUUACACAGAAAAGACAUCUGCUUACAUAAUCUGGAUUUCCAACCAUCAGUGUCCACC